AUGUUCAAGGAAAUUCGCGAACCGACCCCUGCCAAAGUCCUCCGAGAGAGCCUCUGCGCGCUUCCGCUGUACUUUACGGACAACCUCACUGCACAACGCCAGAAGCCUUUCCGUCUCCUCUUGGUGGAUAUGUUUCACCGCUCCGUCGAGCCAUAUCAACGCUGCGUCAACAAGAUGAACAUCUUGCUGUUGUUGGUUGUCAUAAGCACCAUGGAUGAUGUAUAG